ACUAAAGCAUUCUUUCUCUUGCGAUCAACGCCAGCUCACUUAUUUACGUAAAAGUCAGGAUUAGUCAAUGACUAAUGUGUGCCCUUCAAAAUGAAUACAUACAGUGUUAUGUCUCAGACACCGCAUAUCGGAUGCGUUGAAACGCUUGGCUAUCCUAACGAUGACGUAGCUCAGUCCUAUAUGGAGCAUAUCACACAACGAAUCUCUUUGAUCUUACCCCGUCGCGGAUGGUAUAUCGGAACUUUGAAAGAAUUUUACCCACGUCAGCCUACCCUUCUUGGGCUUAAUUUCCAGAGAGGAGUUGAAAUAUCUAUUCGCCUCAGGGUUCCGGGUAAUAGGCAGACCUUUUUACCUUUCCAUGAGGUGGUUUGUACAGCUCUACAUGAACUUGCACAUUGCCAAGAAGAUAAACACCAUAGGCCGUUUUGGAGCUUAUACUAUGAGUUACUCCGCGAAUGUGAGGCCCUUGAAGCAACAAUGGUUCUUCAAGGUAGAGUGCUAUACCCUGAGCAUAUCAUGUGCUCUACUGAAGGCAUUAUUGCAAAAGAUGCUGGUAAUGCGUUAAAAAAGGAAGGUGCAAACGGACCUAGAAAAAGGAAACCCAAACCAGUCGAAUAUUCAACUAUAAGGACAUGUAAUUCCACUCCGCUUUUAGUCAACCCAGACAAAACGCGAUCAUUUUGUGGUGUUGGAUAUCGUUUGGGGGGUUCACAACUCCCUACUGAGAGCAAACCAAAGGCUGAGUUUCUUGCUGCUAUUAUCCAAAGUCGUUUGCGAAUACACGAUACACACUUUGCUAGCCCUGAGAAUGUUGCAGUAAGGUGCGACCUGGAAUUGUCACCAAAGGACUACUUAGUGGACAUGUACGAUAGUUGUAGCUUGUCGUAUACGUUCUGUGGAAGUUGGAGAAAUAACACCACAAAUGAAUGUGAAUCUUCUGGUAAAUAUGCAAUUGUUGGUAUCGACGAAGGCGAAGAUCCCCCUAAUAUCUAUGAAGAGCAAGAGACUCAUGUAUUGAAACAUCGCAAACUAGAGAUAUCAGAAGAGAAUAUUGAUUAUACAGCUCGAGGGGUUCGUGAGAGUGGAGUAGGUUUAAGAGCAUCGUCUCCGAUUACAAUUGAUUAG